CUCCAGCUUUCCGCGUCGGCGUGGUUCGAUUCCGUCUCAACUCCCGGUCCCUUCUGCUCGUCAACAUGCUGUGCGUUCGGUGCAGAGCUCUCCCCACCGCUUUCAGGUCCUAUGCGGCCCCGGCGACCAGACUUCCCUCAUCCGCUCCGCUCACACCCAUCGCAACCUCCCUAUCAACACCAUUCCGAACCCUUUCCUCCACCACCCUCACCUCCCUCCGCGUCCCUAGCCAACAACAAUCCAUCCCCUCUCAGAGCCUCACCUUCUCCUCUUCCUCCAUCCGCUCCCUGCUCACCACCAACCCCUUCACAACCCAACAGACCCGCUCGUUCUCCGCUAGUGCCUCGUUGGCCGGAAAGCGCGCUACCUAUAACCCCUCGCGGAGGGUGCAGAAGCGCCGUCACGGAUUCCUAGCUCGGUUGCGCUCACGAGGUGGUCGGAAGAUCCUCAUGCGGAGAAGGGCUAAGGGCCGGAAGUCGCUGAGCUGGUAGAUUAGUCGAGGGUUUCUGGUGCUGGUUGAUGUUAAGUUGUGUUAUAAUUUCAUGUGUGUGUGUGCGUGUGUGUGCUGUGUACCAUGAACCAUCGUCCUUUGCCUUUUUUUUGAAUUUGUUUUUAUUUGGG